GCGACGAGGGAAGGGCGCACCGCGCCGGCGUGCUGGCGGCGUGCGGGUUGUGACGUCAUCUCCGCGCCCGGCCGAGAGCGCAGGCCGGCUCUGCUCGGACCGCCGACCAAUCAGCGCCGCAGGGCCGCGCCGCCUGACCAAUCAGCUGUCAGGAGGCGGGAGGUGAUGGUGGGGGGGGUCGCCCCGCUCGACCUCCCGCUUCCGCCUUCCCCACACGGCGGCCGCCGCUCGGGAGGGAGAGCCGCUCGGGAGCGGUGCGGGGAUGUCCUACAAACCCAUCGCGCCCGCCCCCAGCGCCAGCCCCGCCCCGGGGCCCGCCGCCACGGCCGCCGGGGUGACAGGGCCCGAGGAGGAGGACGGGGCCCGAAGGAGGGCUGCACCCGGUCUGAAGGAGGGCUGCACCCGGUGACGCUCCCCGCAGCUCCCAGCGUCCCCUCGCCGUCCGCCUUCCGCCCGCUCUUCAACGACUUCGGGCCGCCCUCCAUGGGCUAUGUGCAGGCCAUGAAGCCGCCCGGCGCGCCGGGCUCGCAGAGCACCUACAGCGACCUUCUGUCUGUCAUCGAGGAGAUGGGCAGGGAGAUCCGGCCCACCUACGCCGGCAGCAAGAGCGCCAUGGAGCGGCUCAAGCGGGGGAUCAUCCACGCGCGGGCGCUGGUGCGGGAGUGCUUGGCCGAGACAGAGCGCAAC